UCCUUUAUCGCCAAGAAUCAGGAGAGAAACGCUCAUCUUGGAAACAUUAGCUACCAAAUUGGUGAUGCAGUUCACCUACAAAUGGACGAAAAGAGUGUGGAUUUGGUCUUCACCAACUGGCUCAUGAUGUACUUAUCGGAUAGGGAAGUAAUUGAGUUCUUGUUCAAUGCCAUGAGAUGGUUGCGAGCAGAUGGAUAUCUGCAUCUUAGGGAAAGCUGCUCGGAGCCUAGCACAGGUCGCUCAAAGAGCGCAACACUGCAUUCCAACGCAGAAGCAAAUCCUACCCAUUACCGUUUCUCCUCGCUUUACAUCAAGCUUCUUCGUGCAAUAAGAUAUCGCGACAAUGACGGAAAAGUAUGGCGAUUUGAUGUGCAGUGGAGCUGUUCUGUGCCCACAUACAUCACGGUAAGCUUACAGUUCAAAAUAUCGCGAGUGUCUGAUUUAAAUGUAAUUCGACUUCAAAUUUUAGCGAUCGAAUAA